GACAAAGCUACGAACUAUUGAAAUGAUCGAGAUACACAUGUGAACGUAUAUUACACGUUUCAUGCUGUAAAGUAUAAAGACCAAAAAUUUUUGAAACUCGUAUUCUUAUAAAUCAAUGAAAAUGGCAUUUACUUUAUGGUCACUCUACGAAGCUACUCUAUUAUGUUUAAACGCUAUUUGUGUGCUAAACGAAGAAAGAUUUCUUGUUAAAAUUGGGUGGGCCUCAUGGCAAAACGUACAAGGAUUUGGCGAACCACCUACAGUUAAAUCACAGAUGUUAAACCUUAUUAGAUCAGUAAGAACGGUUGCUAAAGUUCCAUUAAUAGCGCUUAAUAUUUUAACAAUAAUUGUGAAGAUGGUUUUCGGUUGAAAAAAGAAAUCAUGUAUACAGCUAUUUCAAUGUUAUUGGCGAAUUAACAAUUAGCCAUCAUAGCUAUUUAUAUAAUCGAAUUACAUAUAUAUAUAUACAUACAUACAUAUAUAUAU